AUGAAUUAUUUUAAACGAUCAUCAAAAAUUCCCGGACCAUUUCCAUUACCACUUAUUGGAAAUAUGCAUCAACUCGGUGGAGAUUUUCCAGCUGCGGCAAAGAUAUUUCAGAGAAAAUAUGGGGAUUUUUAUGAAUUUUAUAUGGGAAAUAAACGUAACAUUGUAAUUAGCAGACCUGAUUUAGUUGAAAAGGUUUGGGGUCCUUUAUCCCUUAAAAAUACAAAAUUCAUUAUGCGUAAUUCAUAUUCCGAAGGUAUUGAUGAACUUGGAUUGGGCACAAAAGGAAUGGUGCUCAAUCGUGAUAUCGAAAGUUGGUCUAUCAAUAGAAAAUUCUUGGUUCCGUCUAUUUCUUCACCAUCAUUCCUACGUGAAUCGAUUAAAUUGUCAAGCAAACUUAUUAAUGAAGUUUUCGAAUAUUGGAAAAUCAUGGAAAAAGAAGGAAUGCAAGUCGAAUUUUCCGACUGGAUGGAUGCUUUAGGAGCUGAUGUUGUUUCUACGACUGCAACAGGAAAAAAAAACUCCUCAACAGCAGAAUUAUUUAAUACUUUGAAUCUUAAAGGAAAAACGUCCAAAAUGCAGGGAAUUUGGCAAGAUGGCCUAAGAUUUAUUCAAGCGAUUCAAACGUAUAACGAAUCUAUGAGUUUUAUGAUGUUAUUUCCAACAUUUUUCCGAAGAAAAUUUCCCGGAAUUAAAAGUUUAAAUACAAAAUACUUGGAUAAUAGAGACUGGAUAGAUAAUGAAUUGAAAAAAUUGGUCGUUGAAAGAAGAAAGGAAAUCUUAAAUACACCCUUGAAUCAACCUCUCGAACCAACUAUUUUAACUUUAUUACUUACAACGAAUACAGAAAGAGAUUUGGAAACAAUCGCAGUUGGUAAAUUUGAUAGACCUUUAACAGAUGAAGAAAUAAGUUCGAUAAUACGUGAAGUGUUUACUGGUGGAAUGGAUACUACAUCAAAUUCUUUAUCAUUCAUUAGUUUUUAUAUCGCCAAACAUCGGGAUGUUUACUUGAAAAUGAGAGAGGAAGUGUUAAAUGUUUACGGUACACUUGAUAAUCCUGACCUUACUUUUGAAUCUUAUGGAAAACUCAAGUAUAUUGGAGCUGUAAUUAAUGAGAGUAUUCGUAUUUUCCCUACCAUAUCACUCAUGCCUCGUACCGCAACCGAAGAUGUUGAAUUUGAUGGCUUUACAAUUGAAGCUGAUACAACAGUUUUUACAAAUCUAAAAGCUUUAAGUAAUAAUCCUAAAUACUUUGAAAAUCCUGAAAAAUUUAAUCCCGAUAGAUUCUUGGCUGACAAAGAAUCGAUGGGUAAAUAUACAUAUAUACCAUUUGGAAAUGGUGUACGCAUAUGCCCUGGUCGUGCAUGGGCCAUAGUUCAAAUGAAAACUUUUUUAGUUAAACUUCUUUGUACAUUUGAUAUGGAAUUAGUUGAUAAAAAUGCUAAUCCAAAAUAUGUUUAUGCUACUGCAAAUCGACCCGUAGAUAUAAAACUUUACAUUAGGACUAGAAAAAAUUAA